GGCUCUUGUGUAUCUAUGUGUUCUCUGCAUGAACACAGGGUUUGGCUGUGAGCUCUUAGGUAAUUUUGACAUGCCAAGUUUGUUUAAAGAAGGUGAGAUAAUGAUAGGGGGAAUUUUCCCAGUUUUCAACAAGGAUGUCAGCAACAUUGCUACAUUUGACGGGGAACCUCCUCCUCCUGUGAUGUGUGCUCUGUUUGACCUUCGGGCUUUUCGAUGGGCACAAAUGAUGAUAUUUGCAAUAGAAGAGAUCAACACAGAUCCUGCUCUCCUGCCUAACAUCUCUCUGGGUUAUAGGAUUCUCAAUUCCUGUUCGUCUCCUACAAAUACUUUACGAGCUGCACUAACGCUGGCAAGUAGUCAAAAUGAAAAAGAAACAGCUUCUGGCUGUUCCCCAGCUGUAUCUGCGGUAAUAGCGGAGGCAGGAUCUUCCCAGUCCCUGGCGGUCGCUGGAAUUAUUGGACCUUUUCAAGUCCCAGUCGUGAGUUACUUCUCAACAUGUGCCUGUCUCAGUAACAGAGCUAAAUAUCCAACUUUCUUCCGAACAAUUCCCAGCGACUACUUCCAGGCCAAAGCCUUGGCAGCUCUGGUCAAGCACUUUGGUUGGGAGUGGAUUGGCGCCAUACAGUCAGACAACGACUAUGGACGAAACGGGGUUCUGGCUUUUAAAGAGGAAGUGAAAAAGUUUGGGAUUUGCAUUGCUUUUGUUGGGACAGUUCUGCGAACGUACCCUCAGGAAAAGAUCCUGAAAGUUGUAGAAAUGGUCAAACAAUCAACUGUCAAAGUCAUCCUGGCUUUUACGCCUGAGGGUGACUUUUCUCCUUUGAUGAGAGAGAUAGUGAAGCACAAUAUCACUGGAAUACAGUGGCUUGCCAGUGAAGCAUGGAUAACAGCACCUCAACCUUCAACCCCUGAAAUGUACCGAGCUUUCGGCGGAGCGUUGGGAUUUGUCGUUCAGAAGAUGAGCAUCCCAAAUCUAUAUCCAUUUCUUAUGAAUAUUAACCCUUACAGAGAUCCAAGUGAGCCUUUUGUGAAGGAGUUUUGGGAGACAAUGGUUGGCUGUAAACCUUCUUUAAAUGUAUCGGACACUGGUGCAGCUAAAAUAUGCACAGGCAAUGAGACGUUGAUGGAUCACACCCAGGAUAUGUUCUUCAAUGUCUCACAGCUCAGAGUGACCUACAAUGUGUACAAAGCUGUUUAUGCUAUUGCACAUGCUCUUCACCAGCUGGUGUUCUGCCGACCAGCAGGAGAAAAAAAUGUGAAGCCAUGUUUGAAUGCAUCUGAAAUUCAUCCAAAAGAGGUUACCCAUCACCUGCAAAGAGUAAACUUCAGGAACCAGUUUGGAGACGAUGUGUUUUUUGACCAGAACGGCAAUCCGCCUGCUUCGUACGACGUCAUUAACUGGCAGCUCAGAAACGGGCAGGUUGAGCAUGUGACCCUGGGUCACUUUACAUCCACUAAAAACGGAGAGUACAGACUAAGCAUAGAGGAAGAUAAAAUAGUGUGGAGGGCAGGACAGAUGGUCCCAACAUCAGUGUGCUCAAACGCUUGUCCAGCAGGAACCAGGAAGGCUCAGAUUAAGGGGCAACCAGUGUGUUGUUUUGAUUGCAUCCCAUGUGCAGAAGGAUCUAUCGCCAACUCAACAGGUGCAACAGAGUGCACAACCUGUCCACAGGAAUACUGGUCCAAUGAGAGAAAAGAUGGAUGCAUUCCAAAGACGGUCGAGUUUCUGGCGUAUCAUGAGCCCAUGGGAGUGGCGCUCACAGUCGUGGCCUUGCUAGGCGCCUCCCUGUCUCUGCUCACGAUGAUCGUUUUUAUCCACUACAGAGAAACUCCUGUAAUAAAAGCCAGCAACUCCGAGCUGAGCUUCUUCUUGCUGCUUUCUCUCUUCCUGUGCUUUCUCUGCCCUCUCACCUUCAUCGGUAGGCCCACAGUCUGGACCUGCAUGCUGCGCCACACCGCUUUCGGAGUGACAUUUGCACUUUGCAUUUCCUGCAUUCUGGGAAAAACCAUUGUGGUUGUAACUGCCUUUAAAGCCACACAUCCCAGUAAUAAAGUUGCAGUAAAGUUCGGUCCCACACAGCAAAGGAUCAUCGUUUGCUCCUGCACUUUAAUCCAAGUAGCGAUUUGCAUAUUGUGGCUGAAGUUAAAUCCCCCCUUGCCAGAUCGGGUUUUUAAAUACAGCAACAAGAAGAUCGUGUUGGAAUGCAACACGGGGUCAGAGGUCGCUUUCUAUGUGGUUUUGGGUUACAUAGGCUUUCUAGCAGUGGUGUGUUUGGUUCUUGCAUUUUUAGCGAGAAAACUGCCCGAUAAUUUUAACGAAGCCAAGUUUAUCACAUUCAGCAUGCUGAUAUUCUGCGCCGUCUGGAUCACUUUUAUCCCAGCGUAUGUCAGCUCUCCUGGAAAGUUCACAGUAGCUGUGGAGAUAUUUGCAAUCCUGUCAUCGGCAUUUGGUUUAUUAAUAAGUAUUUUUGCACCUAAAUGUUACAUAAUCUUAAUAAAGCCAGAGAAAAACACAAGGAAACAUGUCAUGGGGAAAAGAUAAUCAACUUUUAAGAUUAAAUUAGUUAUUUUGAAAACAUAACGUACACUGGCUCUAUAGAGUCUAAAAUAGCAGAAUAAAUAAUGUUCAUAGUGUAUAAAAACAUAAUGAUAAAUGCUUACGUGAGUGGUUAAUUGUGACACACUCUUUUGUAAAUUAAAUCAGAUUGUUAAUUAUGUGUUAAAAUUGACUAAACCCAAUUUUACCUUUAUGUAAAAUCAUAUUGUCUGUAUCUUCUUCCUGUAAGGUAACAUUGCUUCUAACUGCACCACUGAUGCAGAAACAUAAAUGUGACACUGUUUCUUUUUUAAAACAGCUAAAUAAGACUUACUUUUUUCUAUCUAACUCACUUUAACUUAAAACACAUGAUAAAUUACAACUGAUUUUAAAAAAAAUAUUACUUUACAAAAUCUUGCUAAGUAUAAACAAACUAUUUCUCCACCAGAAAGAAAGAUUUGUUGGAUUUCUCAUCCGUGUUGGUUAUCUAUUGGUGUGUUGCUUUGGGACGUUGAAUACAGAAGUGAUGUCAAAAUGCCUCAAAAUCAAGAAUUUGUGUUCAUCUCUUGCAAAUACAGACUUUAAUUCCGUAGUUAUCGUCCCCAAAACACUUAUUUUUUGUUUGUCACACGGUGGUUCUGUGAGGUUCCUCAAUGACUGUUAAGAUGUUAAUUAAAAAAUAAAAUAAAAAUCUUAUCAACUCUUUGUUAUAGUGAUCACCGUGUAAAGUGUC